AUGUACUCGAUGGUGGGGACUAGACCAGAUUUGGCAUAUCCAGUUGGAUUAAUCAGCAGGUUUAUGAGCAAUCCCAUCAAAGAGCAUUGGCAAGCUGUGAAAUGGGUUUUAAGGUACAUCAAAGGGACUGUAUAUACAAGGCUGAGUUUCAAGAAGAAAGGAGACUUCGUUGUGAAAGGCUACUGUGAUUCAGACUACGCAGGAGAUCCAGACAAUCGUCGAUCAAUCUCAGGUAUGGUUUUUACUGCAGGUGGAAACGUAGUCAGCUGGAGUUCGUCACUUCAGCAGAUUGUUGCUUUGUCUUCAACAGAGGCCGAUUAUAUUGCUAAUUUGUCAGAGGCUGUUACGGAAGGAGUUUGGUUAAAGAGAUUUGCAGAAGAGUUGGGUUUUCCCCAGGAUUCAGUGGAGUUUCCUUGUGACUCGCAAAGUGCCAUAGCUCUUUCAAAGAAUGCAGUUCAUCACGAGAGAACAAAGCAUGUGGCUGUGAAAUACCAUUUCAUCAGAGAUCUGAUCAGUUGUGGAGAAUUUCAAAUUUCAAGUUCUGAAGAUUCACAGUGA